AUGGCCAAAAUAGCAUCUUCUACCGUUUGGUGUGGCUGCCUAUUAGUGUUGCUCCCGGUGUACCAUCAUGUCGCGGCUGCAGGCAAAUCGGAUACCAAACCAGAAGAAAGCCUGUUCGAGCAGGAUCUGGGCGAUCAGUUUAAGAUCGACGCAUCGACGCAGGGUGUGCAGAAGGUGAACCUGCGAUGCGGUGCCGAUUCGAUGCGCAUCGAGCUCAAGACGGAGGAGGACUUCCAGGGUGUGAUGUACACGCGGGGCAGCUACUACAAGCAGACGAAACCGUGCUUCGUCAAACCGGAGCGGGCGGCCCGUACGCUCGAGAUGAAGUUCAACCUCGACCAGUGCCAAACGAUCAACACCGGGGAGGUGUACUCGAACAUCGUGGUCGUCCAGCACGAUCCAGACAUCGUGACGCCCGGAGACGCGGCGUUCGCCGUCGAGUGUGACUUCCGGAAGCCACGGGGCGUUACCGUGAGCUCCGAGAUUCAGGCUCGCGAUAGUGACGGACCCGCGUCGCGCAUUACACUCACCAGUCCGGAUCCGUCGGUAAACACACAGACACCGAACGAGUACAACUCGGUGCACAGCGAGUCGGGCACGGUGACGUUUGUGCCGAGCCGCUUCCGGAACGGCACGACGAUGCCGGAGCAGCGUGUCCGGGGCACGGUUGAAACGGUCGAAAUUCCACACUCCACACCGCAGCUUCGCGAGGAGCUCCUAGAAACGGUCAAAGCUAACGCCACCGCCUCCUAUCCGCCGCCAUCAUCCCGCUAACCGAUCCGCGAGUGAGGGUGAUCUUACCGAUCUCUUCGUCACCCGCCUUUGUUCCCGUGUUCCACCAAAUCCUUUAACCUAAUCAUCUACGGGGACCACCAACUAACCGUCCAAUGGAGCUGUGUGAACGGAAUCCCACUGCGAGACAGCGCCCUAAGAAUAGAUACAAAAGAAUGA